UGUUUAUCCUUAUCUAGCUAGCGUAAUUGUUUCUUAAGUGAUCUUCCAAUAAGGAUAGAAUUAAAAAGAUCUCUUACAGUACAAAAUUUACCCUUUUUUUUUUGAACUUUUGUUACUCUCACUUAUCCUCAUCAUGCACAGCUGCCAAUCUUAUUUGUGGCCAUGGAACUGCCAGUAAAUGUUUACUCAAGGGAAAUUACCAUUACUAGUUACUUCAUGCACUCUAUAAAUACUGGAGCUUGAGUAUCCACUCAGAGCACCAAAGAGUUACCAAAAUGACGGAGAAGAAAGGUAGCCAUGUUGGAAGGAAGAAGGGUGGGUUCAUCACUAUGCCCUUCAUUUUUGCAAAUGAGGCGUGUGAGAAGCUGGCGGUGGUGGGUUUCGGGGUGAAUAUGUUAAGUUAUUUGACGGGAGAGCUUCACAUGCCCUUGACGACCGCGGCCAACACUCUCACCAACUUCAGCGGCACUUCCAGCUUAACGCCGCUGCUUGGAGCCUUCAUCUCCGAUGCCUAUGCCGGACGGUUCUGGACUAUUACCGUGGCGUCCAUUAUUUAUCAGAUAGGGAUGACAAGCUUGACAAUAUCAGCAGUACUACCAAGCUUAAGGCCUCCCCAAUGUAAACCUGAUCACCAAGUCUGCCAGCAGGCCAAUUCUGGUCAGCUGGCAAUCCUCUACAUCUCACUCCUACUGGCCGCCCUCGGUGCGGGCGGGAUCCGACCCUGCGUGGUGGCAUUCGGGGCGGACCAAUUCGACGAAACGGAUCCCGAGCAAAAGACCAAGACAUGGAACUACUUCAACUGGUACUACUUUUGCAUGGGGGCAUCGAUUCUCGUGGCAGUAACAGUUGUCGUUUAUAUCCAGGAUAAUAUUGGAUGGGGGUGGGGGCUUGGGAUUCCCACCAUAGCCAUGUUUCUCUCGAUAGUCGCGUUCGUUAUGGGGUACACGUUGUACCGGAAUUUGGAUCCGGCCGGGAGCCCGUUUACGCGGUUGGUUCAAGUCUCUGUGGCUGCCUUUAAGAAGAGGAAUCUACGUAUGGUUUCGGAUCCUAAAUUGCUGUAUGAGAAUGAAGAGAUGGAUGCUUCUUUUUCUAUGGCUGGAAAGCUUCUUCACACUAAACAUAUGAAGUUUUUAGACAAGGCCGCAAUCGUGACCGAAGGAGACGACCCCAAAUCACCCAACUUAUGGAGGCUAAACACCAUUCACCGGAUCGAAGAACUCAAAUCCGUGAUCCGAAUGGGCCCGAUAUGGGCGGCUGGGAUCAUCCUCAUCACGGCCUAUGCCCAACAAAACACCUUCUCCCUCCAGCAGGCCAAGACCAUGGACCGCCACCUCACACGGUCCUUCCAAAUCCCUGCCGGGUCCAUGUCCGUCUUCACCAUGACCUCCAUGCUCACCACCAUCGCUUUGUAUGACCGGAUUUUCAUCCCCAUAGCUCGAAAGUUCACUGGGCUGGACCGGGGUAUUAGUUUCCUUCACCGGAUGGGCAUCGGCUUUGUCAUUUCGAUAUUAGCCAGUCUGGUCGCGGGCUUCAUUGAAGUGAAGCGAAAACAUGUCGCUUCGGCCCAUGGGCUCAUCGAUAUGCCCCAUACCACCAUUCCUAUAUCUGUGUUUUGGCUUGUGCCUCAGUAUAGCCUUCAUGGCAUUGCUGAGGCAUUCAUGUCCAUUGGGCACCUCGAGUUUUUCUACGACCAGGCACCGGAGAGCAUGAAGAGCUCGGCUAUGGCGCUUUUCUGGACCUCGAUUUCUGUGGGGAAUUACGUGAGCACCCUUUUGGUUACACUGAUCCACAAGUUUAGUGCAGGUCCGGGCGGAUCAAAUUGGCUUCCAGAUGAUGGUUUGAACAAGGGGAGGCUUGAGUACUUUUAUUGGCUGAUCACAUUGCUGCAGAUUGUUAACCUUGUCUACUACUUAUUUUGUGCGAAACUAUAUACUUUCAAACCUAUUGAGAUUCAUAGCAAGGCAGAUGGGAAGCCCACAGGAGAUGGAGUUGAACUUGGUGGUCAUGUGUAAGUUUAGUGCUCUUUCGCAGUAGUAUGGCUUUGCUUUACCGUAGACAAGCUUGUAGAGAUGAUCAAUGAGAAUGUAUUUAAAGUAGUAAACGGUAUGGCGAAGUCCCGUCUUAAGAUAUAAAAGUACCUUACUAUGCUCUAGUUUACUAUAAUGAGUACAUAUUAUAAGCGAUGUAAAAUAAGAAGGCGAAGUGGUGAAAAGAAUAAAUUUGUUUCUAUAACAUUCCUAUCA